CAGACAAAUCUACUUCACUCUCGUCCUUCCCAGGAGGGAAGUCAUGCCUGGUAUAGGCGGCGGCAGCUUCCUCACACUCCCAUUUUGUGCUGAGACAUCUGCUGCACACUGUCCUUCAGUCUGGCUGACCUUGUACAAAUGCCUCCUGUUCUCAGUCACUACCCGCAGCCCUGCUGAUAAAAGGAGGUUCAUCCCCGUCUCAGGGCACGCUGCAGCUCAGCUGCCACCUUCCCCUGGGCACUGCUGCCAUGAAGCUGUUUCUCCUGCUUCUCGCCAUAUCUGUGUCGACGGAACUGGUGAUGUCAGGCAAAAAUCCUGUCCUUCAGUGCAUGGGUAACAGAGGUUUCUGUAGGUCUUCCUGCAGAAAGGAUGAGCAUCCGUACCUCUACUGCAGAACUUAUCAGACGUGCUGCCUCCAGCCCUACGUGAGGAUCAGCCUUACCAGUGUAGAAGACAACACCGCCUGGUCUCAUGAGAAACAGUGGCCCAAAAUACCGUGAAUGCUGGUGAGCGCCGUGCCCGAUCUUCCAGGGAAGCCCUCCCUGCUGCCCGCCUCCUUAUUAAAAUUAAUGCACUUGA